AUGACCGGCAAACUCGCCGAGAAGCUGCCGGUGACCAUGAGCAGUUUGCUAAACCAACUGCCUGACAAUCUGUACCCCGAGGAGAUCCCCAGCGCGCUCAACCUCUUCUCUGGCAGCAGCGACUCAGUAGCCCAUUACAAUCAGAUGGCUACAGAGAAUGUGAUGGACAUCGGUCUGACCAACGAGAAGCCCAACCCGGAACUCUCUUACUCGGGCUCCUUCCAACCAGCCCCCGGCAACAAGACCGUGACCUACUUGGGAAAGUUCGCCUUCGAUUCCCCUUCCAACUGGUGCCAGGACAACAUCAUUAGCCUCAUGAGCGCCGGCAUCUUGGGGGUGCCCCCGGCCUCGGGGGCGCUCAGCACGCAGACGUCCACGGCCAGCAUGGUGCAGCCGCCGCAGGGCGACGUAGAGGCCAUGUAUCCGGCGCUGCCCCCCUAUUCCAACUGCGGAGACCUCUACUCAGAGCCCGUGUCUUUCCACGACCCCCAGGGCAACCCCGGGCUCGCCUAUUCUCCCCAGGAUUACCAAUCGGCCAAGCCGGCCUUGGACAGCAAUCUCUUCCCCAUGAUUCCUGACUACAACCUGUACCACCAUCCCAACGAUAUGGGCUCCAUUCCGGAGCACAAGCCCUUCCAGGGCAUGGACCCCAUCCGGGUCAACCCGCCCCCUAUUACCCCUCUGGAGACCAUCAAGGCGUUCAAAGACAAGCAGAUACACCCGGGCUUCGGCAGCCUGCCCCAGCCGCCUCUCACGCUCAAGCCCAUUCGGCCCCGCAAGUACCCUAACCGGCCUAGCAAGACCCCGCUACACGAGCGGCCCCACGCGUGUCCGGCCGAGGGUUGCGACCGCCGUUUCAGCCGCUCGGACGAGCUGACCCGGCACCUGCGUAUCCACACUGGCCACAAGCCCUUCCAGUGCCGGAUCUGCAUGCGGAGCUUCAGCCGCAGCGACCACCUCACCACUCACAUCCGCACGCAUACUGGCGAGAAGCCCUUUGCCUGUGAGUUCUGCGGCCGCAAGUUUGCGCGCAGCGACGAGCGCAAGCGCCACGCCAAGAUCCACCUCAAGCAAAAGGAGAAGAAGGCAGAAAAGGGGGGUGCGCCCUCUGCAUCCUCGGCGCCCCCCGUGUCCCUGGCCCCCGUGGUCACCACCUGCGCCUGA